AGAGAGAGACGCACGAGGGGAAACAGAGGGGGGGAGAGAGAGAGAGAGAGAGAGAGAGAGAGAGAGAGGCGUUGGUGCUCUGGUGGAGUUUGGAAGCAGUUCCUGCGUCCGGAGGCAUAUUCCCGGCCCGGAGAUCCCGUAGCCGUCCUCUCCCUCCCCUGAUAAACGCAGGGUGCCCUCCCUCCCGAGGAGAGAUAGGUAGAGAGAGAGCCGGGGCGAAGAGCCGCCGAUGUGUUCUUGAGGAGCCUGUGCAGGGGAGGUCCAAUCCAGAGGCCCCCAUUCCUUCCUUCCCCAACCUUUGCAGGCUCUUCAGAUCCAGCCAUCCGGAUUCUUUUCGCUGGUUGAUGUAUGCUAUAUAAUAUUUAUUUACUUAGCAUCGACUCUUGACAUUGCAAUGGCCUUGUAGCUUCCUGGCUCUCUAAUUUACCUUCACUCAAAAUGAAGCUCUAGCGUCAUCCUGUUUUAGGAUAUUUGGAUAGUUUGUUAGGAUAUCGAAACAGUCUUAGAUAGUGGAGUUGAUGUCCACUCAAGCAUUUCUCCCUGCAGAGAGAAAAUUGUAACUACACCAGAAUUGUACUUCUCUUAAGAACAACAUCAGCUGUAACAUUAGUAGUACAGUCCAUAUAGUGUUGCUGGCGCAAAAGAUUUUGUGCCAAGAAGUUCAGCGUUAGCCUGCUCUUUCAGAUACUGUGUGUUCCUGAAAUAUCAUGGAGACCUCAAUAUCUCCGCCAGGCACAUCAAAGCAAUCAGGUGUUCGUAAACCUUCUCCUGGAAGUUCUCUUAAGGAUCUGUGCCUUGUUUCCAAACAAGGGUCGAUAGCCGAAGUAGAAUCUGCUUUGGCCUUGUUGAAAAAAAGUGGUGGGAACAUUGAUGGUAGAAAUGCAUUUGGCCUUAGUGCCCUCCACCUUGCAACAUGGAGAAAUCAUCUACCUAUCGUGAGGAGGCUCCUAGAGGCUGGGGCUGAUCCAGAUGCAAGGGAUGGAGAGUCUGGCUGGAGUAGCCUGCAUAGGGCACUUCAUUUUGGUCACCUGUGUAUUGCUGGUGUUCUUUUGCAGUUUGGUGCUUCUCUCACUUUAGAGGACACCAAGGGGCGCACACCUGGUGACCUUAUAUCCUGUCCAGUAUCACAGGCGAAUGGAGAUUCUCCUGAUGCAGUUGCAACGGAAGUCUUCAGUUGGGGAAGUGGGACAAAUUAUCAGCUGGGUACUGGCAAUGCCCACAUUCAAAAACUACCAUGCAAAGUAGAUACUUUGCAUGGGUCAUAUAUCAAAACAGUUGCUGCAUCAAAGUUCCAUAGUGUAGCAGUUAGUUCUGAUGGUGAACUAUACACAUGGGGAUUUGGUCGAGGUGGUCGUCUUGGUCAUCCAGAUAUUCACAGUGGUCAGACAACUGCUGUGAUUACCCCUCGCCAAGUGACAGUAGGACUAGGCCGUAAGCGAGUGAAUGUUGUUGCUGCAGCCAAACAUCAUACUGUGAUUUCUACAGAGGCGGGGGAAUUGUUUACCUGGGGAUCAAAUAGAGAGGGUCAGCUUGGCUACCCUUCUGUUGAUACCCAACCAACACCACGGCGUGUUAGUUCCCUCAAACAAAGGAUAAUUGCUGUAGCUGCUGCAAAUAAGCACUCUGCUGCAGUUGCUGAUACCGGUGAAGUAUUCACCUGGGGUUGCAAUAAGGAGGGCCAGCUAGGAUAUGGCACUUCAAACUCAGCAUCUAAUUGUAUUCCAAGAAUGGUGGAGUACUUGAAAGGGAAAGUAUUUAGAGGUGUAUCUGCAGCAAAGUAUCAUACAAUAGUGUUAGGGGUUGAUGGAGAGGUGUUCACUUGGGGUCAUCGCCUCGUCACCCCACGGCGUGUUGUAGUAGCUAGAUGCCUUAAGAAGGGUGGAAAUACAAAUCUGAAGUUUCAUCGUAUGGAACGACUUCAAGUGAUUUCAGUCGCUGCUGGAACAAUGCACAGUACUGCUUUAACAGCUGACGGUGCUCUUUUCUACUGGGUUUCAUCAGAUCCUGAUCUAAAAUGUCAACAGAUAUUUUCAAUGUGUGGGAGGAAUAUUGUGAGCAUCUCGGCUGGAAAGUACUGGACUGCUGCGGCUACAUCAACUGGUGAUGUUUUCAUGUGGGAUGCAAAGAAGCGUAAGGAUGAAACACCACUUUUCACUCGGGUGCACGGUGUUAAGCGAGCAACGUCAGUUUGUGUUGGUGAAACACAUAUGCUUGUGCUCUCUAGUAUAUACCAUCCUGAAUAUCCACCCAAACCUAAAAUCCAAGUCAUAAAAUCCAUGUCAGAAUGGAACAGUGGGAUGGAAGAAUUGGAUGAAGAUAUCCUGUUUAAUGAUGUCCAGCCCGACAGUGGUUUAUCAGGAAGCAGCGGUGAAAUGAGCAAAGGCGUACCUAGCUUGAAAAGCCUCUGUGAGAAGGUCGCGGUUGAGUAUUUAUUGGAGCCCAAAAACGCAAUACAACUUCUUGAAGUUGCUGAUUCCUUAGAAGCCAAGGAACUCAAGAAGCAUUGCGAGGACUUAGCUAUUCGCAACCUUGAUUACAUUUUCACAGUGGGAGCUCCUUCAGUUAUGAACGCUUCUCCUGAAAUUCUUGCAAACUUAGAGAAAUUGCUGGAUGAGAAAUCCUCAGAGCCCUGGAGUCAGCGCCGGCUUCCCACUGUGACAGCUACAUAUCCGGCUGUCAUUGACAGUGACAUAGAGGAAGAUGAAGCAAGAGAAUUCCUUAGGCCCCGGAAAUGUGGGAAGUCUGCAACAAGGCCAUCUGGAAUGUCAAAUCAGGAGAACUUCCUUGAGAACAACUGCACUGCUGAACAAGCUGUCUCUAAGCAGAUCAGGGCACUUCGCAAGAAGCUGCAACAAAUUGAGAUUCUUGAGGCUAAACAACUGGCUGGUCAUCAACUUGACAAUCAGCAGCAAGCGAAGCUCGAGUCUAGAGCUGCCCUUGAAAGUGAACUCGCUGAACUUGGUGUUCCCUCAGAGGCAUACUCUCAAACUUCCUCCGUUUGUCCAGCAGAAGGUAGGACAAACAAAAAACCUGAGGUUUCUAAGAAACAGAAGAGAAAAAACAAGCAGGCACCACAGUCCAGUACUCCCUCUGUGAAAAGUGAAUCUGGGCAACAAAUCCCUAUCAAGAACCUCCAAGAAGUCCUACCAACCAAUGUCUCUGCAGAAAAGGUGUGCGGUGUUGAUCCAAUCAAACACACAGAGGACGCCGCUUUCAGCAACACUAAAGGCAUUGCUUCUCCGUUAGAGAAGAAACCAUCCCAACCAACUUCGUCAAAGAAGAAGAAUAGGAAAGGUGGCUUGUCGUUGUUUCUGAGUGGUGCUCUUGAUGACACCCCAAAACCAAGCCUCCCUGCCACUGUUGUGCCCGUCACACCAAAGCAUGAAGGACCUGCCUGGGGUGGUGCAAAGAUAACAAAGGGACCUGCUUCCCUUCGUGAUAUCCAAAGCGAGCAGAGAAAAACAAAUGAGCCCGUCAUGGCCAAAGCAAAAGACCGCUUUGAGAACUCACCUGACAGUGCUGGGCGUGUGCGCCUUGCUUCAUUCAUCCCAGACGCGCGUUCAAACCCAAUAGCUGUCACGCCUGCUCGUUCGGUGCCUUCUUCUGAAGGUGACAAGAGCACACCACCUUGGUCGUCUUCUGCUACCUCACCCAAUGUGUCACGGCCUUCGCUCAGGGACAUACAGAUGCAGCAGGAGAAGCGUUACUAUAGCAUCUCCCACAGCCCGAAAACACGAACAUCAGGCUUCGCCAUACCAUCCCAGGGAGGAUCACCGGAUGUUGGUAGCGCGAAGGACAACGUACCCAACCGCUGGUUCAAGCCAGAAACUGACGCCCCGUCCUCUAUCCGCUCAAUCCAGAUUGAGGAGCAGGCGAUGAAGGACUUCAAGCGCUUCUACAGCAGCGUGAGGAUCGUCAAGCCGCAGGCCCAGUGAUGGCCAGGGCCCUCUCCGAAGAGUUACUGAUCCCAUUUAGGCUCACCUCUCAUUUUACCGGUUCAUUGUACAUUGAAAUGUACAGUCAGUUUCAUUCACCAUAGGUUCCUUUAGCUGAAUAAAAGGCCAAAGCAACCUUUGCUUUCGUUUUCGCUGAAGUGAUCUCAUUUAGCUAUAACAGAUGGCUGUAUAGGUCACAUGAGAUCACCCGGCUUGGUUUAACUUCAGCCAAUGUCUUUUUCCCACCAAAAUCUCUUUGGUUGUUGCAAUCAGAGCUCAAACUGUGGUGCGUCCGCACUCAGGCAUUUGACAUUUAAUUUCAGAGUCUCACUUCAGCGCUAC